ACUCCCGUUUUUUCCACUCAUCCCCCAAACUUUGAAUUUCAACUACAACCAAACCCACCAAUCUUCCCUCUCUUAAACCCAUAAAUUUCAGUUUUUGAAAAAGAGAAUUUGAACACACACACAUACAAAGACUACUUGUUCUCUUCACUUCACUCAAAACAGAGUCUUUUCAAUGGCCUCAGUUGUUGAAUCCUCUGCUUUGGAACUCAUUCGCCAACACCUUCUUGAUGAUUUUGCAUUCACUGAGAACUUUGUCACGAAUCUUGAUCAUCUUUCUAGUACUUCAAAAUCCUACGAAACCCAGUUUUCUCAGAUCUCUGUUUCCGAUUCCACUUCCUCUGAGCUGAAAAACACUCCUACUAUUGUUAAUAUUAAUGAUGAUGGCGAGUUUCAGAUACCCAAUAGCUUGAAAUUGAAACCAGUCGAAGAAGAAAUUGAUCAGUUCGAGUUCAAGAUAAAGCCCCAAAUCAUCAGCCCAAAGACCUCGAAGCUAAGCGACCGCAAGCCUUCCCUGAACAUUUCGAUUCCGGCAGCGGCGUUGGCGGCGAAGAACAAAAUACAGGGGUCAGAUUUGUGUGCCGCCGGGUCUCCGCCGCAGGCGGCGGAUUCCUGCGAGAAAAGGCAUUACAGGGGGGUGAGACGGCGGCCGUGGGGGAAAUUCGCGGCGGAGAUUCGAGACCCAAAUCGGAAAGGGGCGAGGGUUUGGCUCGGGACCUUCGACACCGCCGUGGAGGCGGCAAAGGCGUAUGAUCGAGCGGCGUUCAAGCUCCGGGGAAGCAAGGCUAUACUGAAUUUCCCUCAUGAGAUUGAGAACUCGCUGGAAUCUGACCCACCGGCGGAGACUCGCCGGAAAAGAGGGAGAGAGGAGGAGAGUGAAGAGAGGAGAAGUGUGGCGAUUAAGAGGGAGAAAUCGCCGGAAUCUGACACCAAGACGGCGGAGAGUGGUUUCGCCGCUUGUCCGCUGACGCCGUCAAAUUGGACGCCGUUUUGGGAUUAUGCUGAUAUGAAGGGUAUUUUUGAGAUUCCCCCGUUGUCUCCGUUAUCACCCCACCCUUCUUUUGGAUACUCACAACUUACAGUUAUUUAACGGAGUUUACUAAAUUAGGGGAGAUUGGGUUUUGGACGUUUCUUAAGGCGUUUACUAAAUCUAGCGAGACCCGACGACAAAACCACUGAGGUGAUAAUUACAUUGAAUUAUCCACCGUAAAAAAUUAAAAAUUAAAAAAAAAAAAGAAGAGAUAUAGCUACACCUACUCAUCCAGAAGAGAGAGAGAACUCUAGUGAGAGGAGAGAGGUGGUCUUAUGCAUGUACAUAUUAAGAGGUGGUGUGAAAUUUUAGCUGUCUUCUACUCCUUUCUUUGCAUUUCAUUAUGCAAUAUUAUAAAUUUUUUGAUUUAUUUGUAGUAGAUUAAUGCAGUGCUAUUUGCAUGCAUAUAAUGAAAAAUUCAUUAUUUAUUGUUUA